UAAAAAGUGCAAAACCUCAUGAAUUUCUGUUUCCUCCAGGAAGGUCACGGCUCUUCCAACCACUCGGAUGUGAUUCGUGAAAUUUGAUUCAAAGGAAAAAGCAUUAACAGUACCGGAAUCUCUUGAAGAAACAGGAGUAUUAACAAAGGACAGAACGAAUCCAGGAAAUUAGUCCGCAAGAAAACUGGCAUGGGAUUUUAGAGGGAACAAAAUGAUGCGUAGAAUCCAUUUUGUGAAAUGGGUUACCUUUUUCUUCAUGAUUCUACACCAAAUUCUGCCCUUCAAUUCCGCCUUCUCCAUUUGCGAGUAUAGUUUAGUUAACAAUGGCAAGAUGUAUAACUUCAAUCUGGCAUCGCCCACCUCCAAAUCCCCUCAUGGAGUCCUCAGCGAAGACGGACACUUGAAUUAUAAGCGUGCCCAUGGAAAUGAGUUCUGAAUAUUGGGAGUAUUGCAAUUUCAAGAGGGCGAUCUCUCUCACAAUCCACCCACUACGACUUAUUCCCCAAAAGGCCAAAACAAUACGUUACCUUACCUCCACUUUUCCUAACUUCUUCUAAAGUUGAAUUAUUAGAGGUGUACAUACAAAUGAGUUCUGAAUAUUGGGAGCAUGAAACAUAUACAUCAACUGAGCCUUAAGCCAAAGUCUUGUUUGGGAAACAGUCAACACAAACUAAUGACUGCUUGAACGAUUUUCAAAAUGAGCCACAAAAUUGAUGCUAGACCAUUGUUAAAAGAAGAGUGUGGUUUAUCUUUGUAUUUGGUGUGCUUGCCUUUUGAACUGAUUUCUCCUUGUUUUACAGAGUAGCAGUAAAUAAUACUGUUGUCUGGUUUCAGCUAUGUGAUGGGAUGAUUUUCAAUCACGAUCCACCUAUGUGCAUUGAUUGCUCGGGUUGUGGGGGACCUUCACACUGUGGGAUGGGCUGUGGUGCACUUGUAGCAAACAAGAUAGAAGGCUAUGAUGUAUGCACAACCAUUGGUCUUGUGCCAAGCACGAACAUCAGCAUCAUUGAUAUAAAAAAUCCUGACAGGGGUGUUGCAGUUAAGAUGUCUAACAUUGGCACUAAGGUCAAGUGCUCACUUUCCGUGUCUGUAAUUUGUACGACAGAUGGUAUUCAGGUACCACAAAUUUUGGAAAAGAUAGGGCCUUGUGACUAUGCUACAUCCUUGAGGCACCCUUCUGGUUGUGCAAAGAUUGUACAUGUUCAUAGAAGAGGCUGGGGCUUCUUUGGGACCUUUACAAUCAUCAUAUUAUGUCUUUUUGGAGGAUAUCUUUUGGCUGGGAUCGUCUAUCGAUAUUUUGUUCUCAAAGUUCGUGGUGUUGAUGUUAUUCCCAACCUAGAAUUCUGGCUUAGCUUACCUCAUAAAAUUCAGAGUUUAUUUGCAUCUCUGGUCCGAAAAUUUAAGGGACCCUCUCGAGGUCAUCGAGAUUCUUAUUCUCCGGUCAACUUCUGAUUGCAUACAUUUUUGCUUCAAAUUGCUGGCAAUACAGCCAGAGGAGUUCAGCCUGAAAUUGCAUCAAGCAGCCUUAUUAACUCUACUUUAGAGCUUUCAUCUUGUUCAUUGGUGUAUUAGAACCAUAGAGAGAAAGAGAGAGAGAGAGAGAGAGAUAGCGCCUGUAGGCUAGCCUUUUGCUCCACAAUCCAGUCAAACCUGAGAAUUAGGCUUCAGUUUUUACAUUCUUUUGACUAUAGUCUCCUGAAAUAUUAGGCGCACAAGGUUCUGUUAUAAGGAUCUGAGAUAUAUAGAAAGAGAUCUUGCUUGAUAUGUGAUUUUUUUAUAAAUAAUUUAUUACGAGGGUAAA